AUAAAUAAAACACAAAGCGAAAAAACACUUCCUGUCUGAUCCCUCUGUCUGCCAUGACGGAAGGUGACUUAUCUGACCUGCAAUAAACUUAAAACUUUUCCGUGACUUCAAAAAAGUAGUAGCAGUGUAGAACAAACCAAAGAAAUCUCAACUUUCUCCAUUGUUUCUUUCGUUCUUCUUUUAUCUCCUUACUUACACCUUUUCAGUUCACCCAUGCAACUUUUCUGGGUUCUUCUUUUUCUCUUCUCAUCACAAAUUUCAUCUACUGAGUAAUAAUGAGGAAACAUGGAUGGCAACUUCCUUACCAUCCUCUUCAGGUGGUUGCUGUGUCUGUGUUUCUGGCAUUGGGAUUUGCUUUCUAUGUGUUUUUUGUUCCUUUUGUUGGAAGGAAGAAGAAGUUUCAGUAUAUUAUAAUGGGGAUCUACACUCCACUUAUUACAGGCGUCGUCUCCCUAUACAUUUGGUGCGCAGCAGCUGAUCCUGGGGACCCUGGAAUCUUCAAGUCCAAGAAGUACGUCAACAUUGUAGAGAGUAGAAAGCAUACAUGGGUUAAGGAAUCUAAACUAGGUGGGAAGUCAGCACCCUCGAUAAACGAUGCAAAUGCUGCAACGGCAAGAGGAAUGCCCUUGAAUGAAGGUGUGGUGGCCUCGGCAAAUGAAAUUGAAAACGGAUCUUCUCAUCAUCCAUCAUGCUGUAUGGGUUUGUUGAGGUGGUGUCCUUGUGCUCUAAUAUGUAAAUCCAGAAAUCACCAUGAAGAAUCCUGUCAGCAACAAAAGAGUGAAGAGGGCAUGUUCUACUGCAGUCUGUGUGAGGUGGAGGUUUUCAAGUAUAGUAAACACUGCAGAGUUUGUGAUAAGUGUGUGGACCACUUCGAUCAUCAUUGCAGAUGGGUCAACAAUUGUAUCGGCAAAAGAAAUUACAGGCAGUUUUUCACCCUUAUGGUCUGCGCCCUUCUCUUGCUCAUUCUUCAGUGGUCUACUGGAAUCCUUGUAAUGAUCAGUUGUUUUCUGGAGCGAAAGCAGUUCUCUACAGAGAUAACUUCCAAAUUGGGGAGCAGUUUUUCUUUUCUUCCUUUUAUCGCGGUGGUGGCUUCUUGCACCAUUUUGGCUAUGAUUGCUACCUUACCACUCGUUCAGCUAUUCUUCUUUCAUUUACUAAUUAUAAAAAAGGGAAUCAGCACAUACGAUUACAUCAUAGCAUUGAGGGAGCAGGAACAACAAUUAGUUGGAGGUCAGCAAACCCCUCAAAUGUCUCCUGUCAGCUCUAUCACUGGGUUAAGCAGUGCAAGCUCUUAUAACACAUUUCAUCGAGCCGCUUGGUGUACUCCCCCACGUCUGUUUCUAGAGGAUCAGUUCGAUGUAGUUUCUCCUGACACCAACAGGACGCUAGGUUCUUCAAGGAAGAGGAUGAUUGGAGAACAACCAAUCAGGAAGAAGAAUCCUGGGGCUGUAAAUCUAAAUCCUUGGACACUGGCACGUUUGAAUGCGGAUGAAGUAUCAAGACUUGCAGCUGAGGCGAAGAAGAAGUCCAAAAUCCUUCAGCCCGUUGGGAGAAGAGAAGCAACUUCUGGACUAGAAACAGAUAGUAGCUUUAGCAGCAGUGGACGGAUGGCGCCAAGGCCUGAGAACAGAAAGCGAACCACCAAGCGGGUCCGCCUCCCUGCCGACCUUCCACAUGAAGCCCUUGCUAAGAUAUCUUCCAAAACUACUGAUAUUCACAGAAGUGGUUUCAAAGCAGAGACAUCAAGCAGUUUAACACCAUUGCAACUUGAAGCACGGAGCGCUUUCCAGACAAGUCGGGCCAUGUCUGCCACUGCCAGGAAUGUCAUUUCUUCUCCUGAUAGCAGUCAAGACUCGCCAGAUUUUCAUCCUUUCCGUAUAUCUUCAUCAGGGGCCGAAGAGUCCAGAGUGCUCACUGGUCUUUCAGCUGCUGCUUCAUCUACACAUAAGGGAAUCCCGUUUGUAAGAUCUACCAGCGAUGGAUACGAGCCAUCUGGAGGCGAAGAUAGUGACCGUGUUCCCUCGAGAACUGUGCCCAGAUCAACGAACUUUAAUAAACUCUGGAGUUCUGCUCAAAAUGAGUUGGUAGUUGAAUCCAAGGCGUCAACUUCAACUCUUUUAGCUAACCUUAGAAUGCUUUAAUGGAUCUGACCAAGUUAGUUGUUCUUUAAUGAGGGAAGUUUGUUAUUCUUUGAUUCAUGAUCUAAGGCAAGGCUUUGAUUGGUGUUGCUGACUCAUCAACUCUCAAUACUUCCAGUUGGGGAGAAGAACAUAGAGGGCCAAUACAACUUACAGUCUGGUUCAGAUUUGCAGUGGUCGCUGAACUCUGUUCUGUCUGGUUCUUGGUAUAAAUGAAUCGAAUGCUGUUGUACGCCUGUACAUUCUCUUCCAAAAUGCUACCAGAGCCCACUCCAUUCGAAAUAGAGUACCAAUUAAUGGUGGUUAUGCUAACUUGUCAUAGUCAAUAAUUAUGGAUAAAUGGACUUGUGAAUUAAACUGCAAUCAAUGCAAUUUACUUGUUGGUUGAUCACAUUUAUACAUAUUGGUUUGGUUAUUCACCA